AUGUCAGAGUGUGUGUGGGAAGCAGUGAAUGAAAAGCAAGAGCAUCCAGGGACAAAGAAAGAAUAUAGAUAUCCAGAUGUGAAAGAGAGCAUUGAAUAUUGCAAUGUGCUGAGGAAGGAGGAGACAAAGCAUCCAUAUAAUGGGAGCAGUAAUCUUGGUCCUCUAAAGGAUGGUGAUUCUCAUGAAAUUCCAUCAAUUCCACAAGACACCAGGAAUGAGUACCCGGCAUAUGAGGAAAUUUCGGCUGAAAAAUCAGACAUUAAUGACCACUGGAACUCCCAUAACAUAAAGAAAAUAUAUAAAUGCCUGGAGUGUGGAAAAAGCUUUGGGCAGGAGGCUAAGUUAAAUUUCCAUCGAAGAAUUCACACAGGGGAGAAAAAAUAUAAAUGCCUGGAGUGUGGGAAAAGCUUCAAUCAGAGUGGAAAUCUUACUACCCAUCAAAGAAUUCACACAGGGGAGAAAAAAUAUAAAUGCCUGGAGUGUGGGAAAAGCUUCAGUCGUAGUUCAUAUCUUAAUUCCCACCAAAUAAUUCACACAGGAGAGAAACCAUAUAAAUGCCUGGUGUGUGGAAAAAGAUUUAGUCAGAGUGGAAGUCUUACUUCCCAUCAAAGAAUUCACACAGGGGAGAAACCAUAUAAAUGCCUGGAGUGUGGAAAAGGUUUCAGUCAGAGUUCACACCUUACUUCCCAUGAAAAAGUUCACACAAAGGAGAAACCAUAUGAAUGUUUGGAGUGUGGAAAAAGCUUUGUUCAGAGUGGAAACCUUACUUCCCAUCAAAGAAUUCACACAGGGGAGAGAAAAUAUAAAUGCCUGGAGUGUGGAAAGAGCUUCAGUUACAGUGGACACCUUACUGCCCACAAAAGAAUUCACACAGGGGAGAAACCCUAUAAAUGCCUGGAGUGUGGGAAGAGCUUCAAUCAGAGUUCACACCUUACUUCCCAUAGAAGAAUUCACACAGGGGAGAAAGAAUAUAAAUGCCUGGAGUGUGGAAAAAUAUUUGGGUGGAAGAAUAAGUUAAUUUGCCAUCAAAGAAUUCACACAGGGGAGAAACCUUAUACGUGCCUGGAGUGUGGAAAAAGCUUCAAUCAGAGUGGAAACCUUACUUCCCAUCAAAGAACUCACAUAUAGGAG